GAAUAUAAAAUGUCAGAUUGAUCGACCCCCGUGUGUGAUACGUCAAUCAGGUCGUAUAUAUAGACGUGUGCCUGUCAGGCAAAUCAGACCCAGCUCCUCAAUACAUGAUGCUGGUCUUGCCCUUCAUCCUGUCCUGCCUGUGGCUAGCUGCAUGCGUCAUGACGUGUGAGCGGGUCGUGUGUUACUACACAAACUGGGCCCAGUAUCGUCCUCAAGGAGAGAAGUUCUUCCCGGAAGAUGUGGAUGCAACUAAGUGCACACACAUCAACUACGCGUUCGCCAAGCUCGUGGGGAACCACCUGGCGCCUUAUGAAUGGAAUGACGAUUCUACAGACUGGUCCAAGGGAAUGUAUGAACGACUACACGACCAUGCCAAGAAACAAAACCCCGACGUGAAGAUAUUGUUGUCUGUCGGUGGCUGGAACAUGGGGUCAGCAACGUUCACAGCUAUGGUGAAAACAGCAGCCAACAGACAAGAUUUCGCAACAAGUUCUGUGAAGUUUCUCAGGACAAGAAAGUUCGACGGCCUUGACCUUGACUGGGAGUAUCCCGGAAAGCGUGGAAGCCCUCCAGAGGAUAAGCAGAAAUAUGUUGAGCUACUUGAGACGCUGGUGAAUGUCUUUGAAGUGGAUGCGAAGACAACCGGCCUCCCUCGUCUCCUGCUGACUGCCGCGGUGCCUGCUGGGAAGGGAAAUAUCGAUGCUGGCUAUGACAUCCCUGUUAUUUCAAAAUACUUGGACUUCAUCAACAUCAUGACCUACGACCUGCAUGGCUCCUGGGAUAAAACUACCGGACACAACAGUCCCCUGUAUGCUGAUUCAAGUGAAAAGGGAGAGAACCGCUAUCUCAACGUCGCCUGGGCAGCUGAGUACUGGGCCAAGAACGGAGCUCCCAAGGAGAAGCUGGUGAUAGGGCUGCCCACAUACGGCCGGACCUUCACCCUAGUGUCUCCCGAGGCCAGUGGCCUGGGGGCGCCGGCUCGGGGGGCGGGCACUGCCGGGAAGUACACCAGGGAAGCAGGAUUUUUGUCCUAUUAUGAGAUCUGCCAGUUGAUUAAGAGUGGCGCGGAUGUCCAUUACAUCCAGGACCAGAAGGUUCCUUACCUGGUCAGUGGUAACCAGUGGGUGGGAUAUGACGAUCGGAACAGUCUCGAGACCAAGGUAAAGUUCAUGAAAGACCAGGGAUACGGUGGAGUGAUGAUAUGGGCUCUGGACCUGGAUGACUUCACUGGAUCUUGUGGAGGAGAGCCAUACCCGCUACUUAGUGCUAUACAUGGCCAGUGUGCGGCUGAUGUUGGGAGCACUCCCAAACCAACUGUUAAGCCGCCCCAGGCUUCAACGACAGGCUCAUCCACUGGGGUGACGAGUACACCAAGUGCUUCAACAAGUGCUUCAACUAGUGCUACAACAAGUGCGUCAACUAGUACGACAACAAGUUCUUCAACUAGUACGACAACAAGUACUUCAACAAGUACUUCAACAACUGGGGUUUCAACGGCAGCUACACACCCUACAGACAAACCCACAGACAAACCUCCAGCUCCACAGCCAGACUUAACGAACUUCUGCGAAAACAGACCAGAUGGCCUAUAUGCUCACCCCACAGACGACGGCCAGUUCAUUCAAUGCUAUAACGGUGUUACCUACAUACGUCCCUGUGCCCCUGGCACCGUCUUCAACCCACUACACGGCGUGUGCGACUGGCCCCACAACGUCCGUGCAGCUGAGGAUACAUAGAACAUAAUUAUCACCUGUAUUUAUGAAUAUUACUAAAAUUUGUUUUGCAUGAACUGCCAUCCAUGUUAUUGUUUCUGAUUAGUUGCCAAUAUUUAUAGUUCAAUACUUUUAAAUUGCUUCGCUUAGGGAUGGCGGUUGGUGAUUGUUACGAAUGAACUUCAUUUCGACGUAUACAGUAGGCCUUUGGUAUACGUUAAUUAUACGAAAUAUUCGUUUCUGGUUGUUGGUUUUUUGGGGUUUUUUGUUUGUUUGUUUUUGGUUGUUUUUUUGUUGUUGUUGUUUGUUGUUGUUUUUUUGGGGGGGGUUACAUUACCGUUAAGAUAUUUUUAUUUUUGAUUAGCAUAGCUUUUAUGUUAUCAUGAAGCAUAAUGACAUUUGUUGAAGGUAAAAAAGAUCUUACAUCAUGACGACGGUGGGACAAGACCACUGAGCAAAGUUCAUUAUUGCAACGCUUGAUACAUACAUUGUCGCGAAGAAUGGUAUAUAUUUACAAUGCAACGUUAAACAGUCUUAGUUUUAGGUUGCAACCGAACAACCCCUUCCAGCUUCCAGUGCAACAUCAACCUUUUUAAGCCUUGUUUACAAAAACUGUAACAUCAGUUGUGUCUUAAAGGAAAUAUAUUUUUCUUUUACAAAUGUCCGCUUUGGAAAUUGUUGGAAAUAAAUAUUCUGUAUAUAAACGA